GAAAAAAGAUAUGAAAUGUUAAAGACAGAUGAGAUUUCUUGUAAAUUUGGGGCCUGUUUUGGGAUGCGACAGAAAAUCAUUGUCAUAUAAAAUAUAUGUAUAUAUAAUGCAAGUUGGUGCGUAGACAUGACCACAUGAGAGGCACUAGUACUCCAGAUGGCGGAGGACGUGGCCCUCCACCUGAGUGUGGUCCCCAUCAGCAUCGACACUCAGUACUUGACGCCCUCUCACAUCCUCGACUGGAUGGCCAAGCUCCAGUGGUGGGAGUGGCUCCUCAUCUUGAAGGUCGCCUUCAUCUUCUGGAUGUUCAACGUUACCAUCAUUCUCCCGUCCAUAUAUAUGCAGGUGAUGCUCUACACAGACGAGAUGACCUCCCAGCAGCGACUGAACCCCAGCACCACGGUGAGGGAGCUGAGACACCUGGUGACCUCCGGCCUCGCCACCUACUCCCUCCUGCAGAAGACGAGGGAGCACCAGGAGCUGGCCAAGGUCACCAAGCACUACAGGGCGCACAAGAGGCGACGCCGGAGAAAUGUUGUGAAAAUUUAGUAAACAAACUAUAUCUUCCCCUUGCCAGUGGCGCGGGCAGUGGUCAGCCACCUUCCUCAACACCCACCAGCCGCCCCUGUAACACUUGAAGAAUAGCUACCAUGAGACUGACGCUAAGCAUCAUGAGACUGACACAACAUUGGCCUCAAGUUCAUCAAAGUUAAUAUAUCCUCGUUGACCAGACCACACACUAGAAGUU